AUGAAAGGCCAAAUUUGGACAAUUGUGUUCAAAAUAAAAAGCCAAAUUUGGAAAAUUGUGUUCAAAAUGAAGUCAUAUUUGGACAAUUGUGUUCAAAAUGAAAAGCCAAAUAUGGACAAUUGUGUUCAAAAUAAAAAGCCAAAUUUGAAAAAUUGUGUUCAAAAUGAAAGGUCAUAUUUGGACAAUUGUGUUCAAAAUGAAAAGCCAAAUAUGGACAAUAAUGUUCAAAUCAAAAAGCCAAAUGAAAGGUCAUAUUUGGACAAUUCAAAAAGCCAAGUGAAAGGUCAUAUUUGGACAAUUGUGUUCAAAAUGAAAAGCCAAAUAUGGACAAUUAUGUUCAAAUCAAAAAGCCAAAUUUGA